GAUACACGGAUAAGAUCAGCCUGCUGACUCCGGACUUUGCUCUCCCCUGGCACCAGCCAGCCCCGCACACCUCUUUCUCCACAGAGCCCGUCAUGGGACACCUGGCCGUCCCACUCACUGUGGCUCUGGCCACCCUCCUGGCCACCGGGACCGGGGCACCUGUGCACAGGCAGGGCAACCGGCACAAGCUGCUCCUCGUGUCUUUUGAUGGCUUCCGCUGGAACUACGACCAGGAUGUGGACACCCCCCACCUGGACGCCAUGGCUCGCGACGGGGUGAAAGCUCGGUACAUGACGCCUGCCUUCGUCACCAUGACCAGUCCCUGCCACUUCACCCUCGUCACUGGCAAAUACAUUGAGAACCACGGGGUGGUCCACAACAUGUUCUACAACACCACCACCAAGGUGAAACUUCCCUACCAUGCCACGCUGGGCAUCGAGAGGUGGUGGGACAACGGCAGCGUGCCCAUCUGGGUCACCGCCCAGAGGCAGGGUCUAAAGACCGGCUCCUUCUUCUACCCCGGGGGAAAUGUCACCUACCAAGGGGUGGCCCUGACGCUGAGUCGGAAGGAAGGCAUCCUGCACAACUAUAAAAAUGAAACAGAGUGGAGGGCAAACAUUGACACCGUGAUGCUCUGGUUCACAGAGGAGGACCUGGAUCUGGUAACACUCUACUUUGGGGAGCCGGACUCCACAGGCCACAAGUAUGGCCCCGAGACCCAGGAGAGGAAGGAGAUGGUGCAGCAGGUGGACAGGACUGUGGGCUACCUCCGGGACAGCAUCGAGCGCAACCACCUCUCGAGUGUCCUCAACCUGAUCAUCGCGUCCGACCAUGGCAUGACAACCGUCUAUAGGAAUGCCAGUGACCUGGUCGAGUUCCACAAGUUCCCCAACUUCACCUUCCGGGACAUUGAGUUUGAACUCCUUGACUACGGGCCAAACGGGAUGCUGCUCCCCAAAGCAGGGAUGCUGGACAAGGUGUAUGAUGCCCUCAAGGACGCCCACCCCAAGCUCCAUGUGUACAAGAAGGAGUCAUUCCCCGCAUCCUUCCACUAUGCCAACAACCCCAGGAUCACGCCCCUGCUGAUGUACAGUGACCCUGGCUAUGUCAUCAAUGGGAGAAUUAACGUCCAGUUCAACAAAGGCGAGCAUGGCUUUGACAACAGGGACAUGAACAUGAAGACCAUCUUCCGGGCCAUGGGCCCCAGCUUCAAGUCAGGCCUGGAGGUGGAGCCCUUUGAGAGUGUCCACGUGUAUGAGCUCAUGUGCCAUCUGCUGGGCAUCAAGCCCGAGCCCAACGACGGGCAUCUCAGCACCCUGCUGCCCAUGCUGCACUCAGCAUCCACUGUCCCGCCCAGCGGAGCAUCCACUGUCCUACCCAGCGGAGCAUCCACUCACCUGCCCAGCCACCAGACCCCGUUGGUGACAGGACUGCUGGGGGCUGUGAUUCUUCUGGCCAACAUCACAUAAGACCUCCCCACUCAAGGUCAGAGCUCCAGAAGGCGGAGGAGGGGAAGGGGGUGCCAUGCUCCCUGUUCCUCCACCCUGACACCCCCAUUACAGACCUAGGCAACUACAAUAGGGCUGCCAGUCCCCACCAGGCCAGUGGCUCCAACUGGCCUGGACACCACCAAGAGGUGGGGCGCUCAAGGCAGACCCCCUUCUAGCCUCUCUGCUUUAGGCUUGGAGGGGCCCUUCCAAACCCGACAGCUGAGACACACCUGGACAAUCACACCCUCCC